AUGGGUCCACACAGUGCACCCGCAUCCGACCUACAUUCUCUUACAUCAUCUGCAUUUUGCCUGCCAUUCGGCCAGCCAGGCAUUUUGCCCUCUACUGCCUUCCAAGCCCCUUCUCAGCAGCAACAACCGCAAGGAGCUCAUCAUGAUACCCUCUCUUUCUCGGGUCACUGUAGCCCGGCAACUGCCGGUCCCGGCACCGCCAGUCUCGUCAGUAGUGUAACCGGCCAACAACAACAGUUGCUUCUUAUGGGAGGAGCCAACAGUGUUGGCAGCGUCGCGGCGGUUGGCCAGUCUCCAGGGUCACCGCUCAAGGAGACCACCAGCGAUAUGGCGUCAGUAGUGCGAAGCAUGAUCCGCUCUGACUCAGGCUUGGAGAUACAUGAUCGAACCUGGCUUAAGAUCACCAUUCCAAAUGCGUUUAUAGGUAGGCCCUUUUCUGAAAACCAACGAAUUUAA